AUGCAGCCCACAUUUUGUUACAAGAGCCUUCCUGGGUUGAAAGAGGAGUUCACUUUUCCUUGGAUGCCAAACCGACCGAUGACAUUGGAAACAGAGUUAUUGAGAGACCGUUCGUUCGUUAACCCGUUUUUACCAGCUCCUCCUGGCUGUGUACCGUGUGCAAGCAUCCAGCAUAAGGCAGAAGACCAAGAUAGAAAGAGAUACGAAGAAUUUGAUCUGCGAUUUCACCCUGGUGUGGCUCCGGGUCGGCCAAAAUCUAAGCGAUUUUCAAUGACUUAUGUGGCACUAAUCGCCAGUGCUAUUCUGCGCUCACCCGAGAAAAGACUGACUCUCGCUCAGAUUUAUCAAGUUAUAGAGAAAAUGUAUCCAGAGUUCACCGUUUCCAGAGCUGGUUGGAAAAACACAGUUCGACAUAAUCUUUCCUUGCACGAAUGCUUCGUCAAAGGAGACGUUGCUGCCAACGGCAAAAGCUGCUUCUGGCACAUCCAUCCCGCAUAUAUGGCCAGGUUUAGUAAGGGAGAUUUUCGUAAACGCCCUUCGAGAGAGCUUUGCCCGCUUGAGGACCAAAGAGGAUGUGGCCCACGUUUACAUUGGGACAGAAUGCAGCCAGGUCCCAUGCCUUGUACGUUUGGAGCAGCUGCAACAAGAUUCGCUGAUUAUCCAUAUGUUGGGGAACGUCACUCUUUUCCUCAGGGAAAGUUUUACCCCGGCUCUUCAAAUACCGUGCAGAAGUCAUGCGUGAGUUCAACCCUUCGCCCCUCUACGGAAUGGCUCAGCGAAUAUAAACCAUAUCCCUACUAUUAUCUGUUUUCGCCGAGAAACGCAUCGCUGCAGCAAACAGAUAAGAACACACGCGCGGAUAAACCUGUGUGUUCCACACACUGA